AUGACUGGAGAUCUGACUGGACAAAUUACCAGACAACUGAGUGGAGAUAUGAGUGGUAUAAAGCUCUGUUUCUCUCUCACUGUGACGGCGAGACCAAAAGCUGUAGUGAAGGUGACUCCAGAUCAGCGUGUGUUCAGAGGAGAGACAGUCACUCUCACAUGUGACAUACAGGGAGCAGGAGACAUUCAGUGGACAUACAGCUGGUUUAAAGAUGGAAACACUUUCUAUCCAUACAGAACAACAACAGCAGAGUUCAGUUUCAGAGCUGAUUAUGUGUCUUACAGUGUUAAAUACAGAUGUAGAGGAGAGAGAUCAGACUCACAGAGAUCAUCGUUCAUCAGUGCUGCUGUUACACUGACUGUAUCAGAUUUACCAACAUCUACACUGACUGUGACUCCAGACAGUCCUGUAUUCACUGGAGAGAGAGUGAUUCUGACGUGUGAGAUAACAUCUUAUUACAGUAACUGGAGAUAUGAGUGGUAUAAAGGCAGUGUAAUGUUACAGACGUCUGAGCGUUACACUGUAAACACAGACACUCUCACUAUCAGAGGAGCUACUGAGUCUGAUGCGGGUCAGUUCUGGUGUAGAGGACAGAGAGAUGAAAGACCAAACUCAUCACAAUCAAGCUCUGCUGUUCCUGUCACUGUGAAGGGUGUUUCUCCUUCAGUGUCUCUGGUGGUCCGUCCCAGCAGAAGUCAACACUUCUCAUCUGACUCUCUCUCUCUGAGCUGUGAGGAUCAGAGGAACUCUACUGGAUGGACAGUGAGAAGAUACACAGACAGAAACACAGAAAAUUGUUCAAAACUAUCAGGAUCUAGAUGUCGAAUCGACUCCCUCAACACAUCUGACUCUGGAGUUUACUGGUGUCAGUCUGAAUCUGGAGAGAAAAGUCAUCGUCUCAAAAUCUCUGUUCAUGAUGGUGAUGUGAUUCUGGAGAGUUCUGUUGAUCCUGUGAUUGAGGGACAUACUCUGACUCUACACUGUUUACAUCGAUCUACAAACUCCCCGAUCCUCAGAGCUGAUUUCUAUAAAGACGGAUCACUCGUCCAGAAUCAGACGACAGGAGAGAUGAACAUCACGACUGUCUCAAAGUCACACGAGGGUUUCUACUACUGUAAAACAGAGAGAGGACAGUCACUGCACAGCUGGAUCUCAGUCAGAGAGAAGAAAGAAAAUCAUGCAGAUUUAGAACAACAUGGGGAGAAGGAAGAAAAUCAUGCAGAUUUAGAACAACAUCUUGCGUCACGUUCAGGUCAGAUUUCUGUCUUCAACAUCCUCAGUUUUCUUCUGGCAGCUUGUCCGUAUCUGCUGGCGACAGUCGUGCUGCUAUUCAAAUACUACAGAGCGAGAGUUCCAUCUACUGAAGACCAAAGCCAGUACGCUGUAACAGAGGAAGAAACUUAACCUGAUAUUCCCUCCAUCCAUCCAUCCAUCCACCAAUCAUCUUGUCCUCUGUAGGGUCACAUUAUGCUGGAUUCAACCCCGGCGUCUUGAGCUGAAGGCAUGGAAAACCCCUGGAUGGAUGGUUCACUCAUACCUACACACAAUUUACUGUCUCCAGUUCAGCUCUCAUGCAUAUGUUUAGAUUGUAAACCCACAACAACACAUGGAGAACAUGCAAACUCCACACUGAAAGGGCUCCUAGCUCAGCCGGGACUCAAACUGGGACCUUCCUGCAUUCUGAGCCCUAAAUGAGUCUUAAAUGUUAAAUGUGUCUGCAGAAGACCAAAGCUAGUAUGCGGUAACUCAUCUACAUAUUAUUGCUAUCAACAUAUUUUAUAUAUACAUUUACUUGUCUUUAAAGUCUGUUCUGAUUUUAUAUGCUUUAAAUUAGAUUUUUUAAGAACCUUAAAAAGGUUCAGCAGCUUUAUCGUGUGAUUUUUGUCUGUUCUUAUAGUGAAAGCUUGAUGCUUUGUUGUCUGCUCUAGAUUACUUGUUUGAGUAAUUAGCCAACAUGCAUAUAUUUUUAUUCUGUAUCAUGUUCUGUAUGAAUGAAUAAAAUUAAUAUGGGUGUAUUCCAGAGAGCAUAAUAAAUAUAUAUUGUUUAUGCAAUCCAAAAAUAAUGUCAUAGUGUCAGCCACAAUCGAAUGAUGAACCUGUAAUGAACUCUUUUGAAGGCAUUUCAUCAUUCAAAUUCAUUGUAAUCUAUUGAAAGUGUUUAAUAAAAAUAAAUACAUUUUAAA